GGUCGACGUAUUCUGCUGUAAUGGGAUUGCACCCAUAGAGAAUGGUUUCUAUUGAAAACGCACCAUAAAGUGCAUAUAGUGCAAACAACGAGAAUAAUCUUAUUAUAUUCAUGUAAAGUUUAAUGUAAAUAAAAACAUAAACAUUGCAAAUUUUAAAUCUCAUCAUCAGAUGUAAACAAAAAAAAAACAUGCAAAAAAAAUAAUGGCAUCCAGUAGUUCUUUUGAAGUAAAUCAAGAACUUGCUAAGUAUCUUUUUUCUGAAGGCAGUACUUUAGUUAUGUUGAAUGUUCCAAAGGGUACUGAUAUUGGAAUAGACAUUAAGUCCUGGAACAUUGGGGAAAAUUUUCGAGGCAUUAAAAUGAUACCUCCAGGAUUUCAUUAUAUUCAUUACAGUGCUGUUGAUAAAUUUGAAGAAAAGUCCUCAAGAAUUGGUUUCAUUCGUUGGUUUAAAAAAGCAGAAUUUAUAGUAAAACGAUGGGAUAUUAGAGAAGAAACUCUCAGCUCAGAACCCGUCUCUGAUGAAGCAAUACAAGGUUUGAAGGAUAAUUUGUUAGACUUGGACCGUUAUUUAGGACCUUAUCCUUACGAUAUAUGGAAACAGUGGCAAGAACUAACUAACAGAAUCGACUCUGAUAUUGUAGAUAGAUGCACACCAAGUUGUGGGUAUAUUUCUUCGGUUCUGGAAUUAGAAAAUGUUGACGAUAAAUCAAGGAUAAGAGGAGUAGAUGAAAGUAGGAAAAGGAAAAGAGGUCUAUGUCUGUCUGUUGAACAGAAGGAAGAGGAGUUAUUACCACAAUUAAAACCAAAACAAGGAACAGAUCUUAAGUUAACAAAAUUACCAAAUUUGCAAUAUCCAGAAGGUUCAACACCUGCAGAAAUCACAAAACAUUUAAUGGAUUCAAGUUAUACACUAGAUCUACUUCUAAGCAAAUUGAAAAAUCCUAUUGAAGUGAUUGGAGAACUACAACUGGCAUUUGUUUGUUUCCUCGUCGGUCAAAGUUUAGAUGCUUUUGAACAUUGGAAACUACUAGUAUCUUUAAUAUGUCGUGCCGAUUGUGCAAUUUCUGUACGUCGUCAAAUCUACACCGAAUUUCUCAGAACAUUGGAAGUUCAGCUUAUAUGGAUUCCAGAGGAAGUGUUAUAUGACAUAGUUGCCAGUAAUAAUUUUGUAUAUCACAAUCUUCGUCUCCUUUUUUCAAACAUAGAAGCAAAUACCGAUGUUGAUGUAAGAUUGAAAUCUGAAGCAGUUCGAAUGCGAGACAGAAUUUCUAGUAAAUUUACGUGGGAUUUUUCAAAUUUACAAGAAGAGGGUGAAGAGGAUUGUCCGGUUAUCGUCAAUUUAGAUGGAGAAUGAAAUGAAAUAGUUGUUUAUAUAAUUGUAAAUACAUUAUUAUUACAAAAUCUCUUAUAAUAUUAAAUUGAAUUUUAAAUUAAAACAUUCAUUUAUCGUCACAAUAUGUUCUGUAGGAUGUUAAAAUACAAUAAACAUGAGAAAAGAAGUAACAGUAAAAAUAUAUAAAUUUAUUUAAGAUGAAAGCAAUCAAUUAAAAUAGACAGACAAAGUUAAAAUUGUGUUACUUCGAGGAUGGUAAGCUAUCAACUAUUGUUUUUAUUCAUCAUUCUCACAAUCGUUUUCCUUAUCGAAACCAAAAUCAGUUACUAUAAUUACGUUAAAAAUCACAUUUAAUGGUUUAAACACGUUACUCGGGCGUUUUUGGAGUCGCUGAUUAUGAAUCUGGCAUCAGAUUUUUUAAAUUCAAAAUAGCGGAUCCAAUAUGGAAGACAAAAAUUAAGAAUUGUUUGUAUUUGUCUGAAAUUCAUUACUCGGGUAUUUUUGCCAUUUUUAAAAACGAAUCUGGCAUCAGAUUUAAAAAUUCAAAAUGGCGGACAAAAUUAAAACAUUUUUUGAAUUUGCCUGAAAUUUAUUAUUUGGGGGUUUUGUAGGCUCAGACACAGCUCGGUGGCUGCCGCCUGCUUGCACGUAACACAUGAGAGUAAGAGAGUCAGACAAUUAAAAUUAUAUGUUUUCUCUCCCUUGCUCUAGCUGCAAAUCCGACCAAUUUCUUUUGUACUAAUGUUUUUUAACGUUUUUUUAGCUAAUUACGUUCAUCUUUGCAGUACAUUUGAAAAAAAACUAAUGAAGUUUUCCGAACAUCUAGAUGUUCGGAGUUUAUUGCAAUAAAAAAAAACACAUCUUACCUUACCAGAUCACAUAUAUUUAAAAAUAUUAUAUUAUCCUUAUUCCUAAAAAUAUUCUUAAAUUGUUAAUUAAUAUGCUGAUGAGAAAUAAAGUACUCUUUAUUUUUCUUUAAAAAAUGAAGACAGUCGAGUUAUUUGAAAAAUAUUUAAUAAUAAACAUUGACAAUAUACAGAGAAAAUACGCCAUAAGAACUCACUAUGAGAGUAUGUAAUAAGAACCUAUCAACUGGUCCAGACUUAGAGAAUAUGAUCAAAUCAAAUAUUGAUGAAGGUAUUCCCGGAGACACUUGACAUUUCUGUCAGUACUUGCAUCAAAAUUUCGAUUCAUAUAAUAUUCACCGUUUUAUUUUUCAUUUAUCAAUUAUUAAUUAUCAAUUAAACAUUUCUUGUGUGCAAAUAUCCAUAUUUAUCCAUAUUUAUUUCAAAGAUCCAUUAACGGGCGUUCGCAGUGAUAAUAAAACUGGACCUUAUUUUUAUCCAUUUUAUUAUAGAUAUUGUUCAUUUGCAUUCAUUUACACUGCAAGAAACAUAAUCAAUGGCAUAGCUAUUACUUUCGUCUUCAAUGCAAUUUUAAGAUUAAAGACUAUGCUUCUGACUCAUAUAUUCGAUCAUAACUUUUUUCACUCAAUACUUCAUACACACAAGUAUUCUACAUUAUAACACUCAAAUGUCAUGGAACAUCUCUUUAUUUUAAUAGUUCAAAAUACAACAAGAUGCUGCCCAACUCAUAAGUAAUUUCUUUGGAAUUCACAAUAUCUCUUAUUAACAUCUAUUGAAAAAAUAAUCUUCUCCUUAAUCCUCUUUUUAUCAUCCGCAUCCUCUGCAACAGAAAUUUGUUAUUGAAAUCUCGAAAUUUGUUACGUUUAAUAAAUACUAAAGCAGAGAAACUUAUCAGUGAGAGAAUUAUUUAACACAAAUGCUUUAUACAUAAAAAUUUUUAAAUUUUAAAAUUUGAAACAAUCUUCUAAUCGAAUUCAAAUAUUGGACAGUUAAUUUUCUUUAGAUAUGAUAUUGAGCAGCAACUUGUCUCAUAUGCUAAGAUAUGUUGUUCGAAAGAUGUGUCAUUACGUAGUUAUGUAUUCACCUAAUCGUUUAAAAGUUUCUUUAUCAUAUAUUGUAAGGUGCGUGUCAUUAAAUAUUUUACAUUGAUAUUGUAUUUAUAUAGACUUUACAAUGUAAAAUUACCAUCGGUAGUAUGAGGUUCAAAAUUCUUUUAUGCAAUUAUCAACCCCUGCAUUUCAAAAAUUCAUUUCAAUCUCUUAACUUACAAACUUAUCAAAUAUCGUUUUUAUAUAAAUCAAAAAACAAAAAACAAACAAUCACAAAUAUCUCACUCAUAAAAAUAGUAAAAAGUUGUUUGCAUCUUCAAACUGCGUUUCCUAUCAAAUUUUAUUUUCAAAUAGAAUUCAAUUUUCAUUGUAAAAAUUUCAUUGUGAAAACUUUCGUAGAUAAACAGAAAACGUUAUUAACAAAAAAAUGUCAAAUAGAAGAAAACUUUUGAUGGGCAAACGACUUUUGACAAUUUUUCAAUAAUUUUACAUAUUUUUAUUUGCUAAAAUUCAUUGCCAGUUGUUCAUACUAGAGUUUUACAAAAAGUAUUAUUUUACACAAUGACGAAAGUGGAUAUAAAAAAAGUUUACAUAAAUAUCUACAAAAACUAUAAACAGUGUAGGCCAGUCGCAAGAUAACUAUAAAAAAAAUUCUAAAAAAUCUUGUGCUUGUGACAAUAUUACAAUAAAAAUAGCUCUGCAGGGGCGAUUAAUUGCCUAAUUUGAGCUUGUUUUAUGCUACACACUAAAGUUUAAUAGCCUAACGACAAAUAUGAUCGAGUAAUGAGUUAUAUAAAUUAUAGUUACAUUUUAUAAUAUACAGGAGGUAAGAGCUAAUCGCAAUUUUUUGGUCUCUCGCAAUCGCCCAGCAAAUCUCCAAAUUACAUAAAAUCUACAAUAGUUAAAAUUCCAAUUUUUAUAUUUUUAUAUGCUUUUACAUAUAUUUUCGGUCAUUUUACCAUUCUAGCACCAGAGCUCUUACUUAAUUUUUUCUUCCUUUUUAAGAGUGUCUUUGCGAUCGCGAGAGAGUAACAUUAGUGACUGACUUUUUAUAACAGAGAUACAUUCGCAUUAUUAAAUGUAAGUUAAACUAUAAUUCUUAAAUUAUCAAUAGAAGUGAGUAUGUCAGAGUUUAGCUCCUUUUAAAUUUGACAAUUUCGCUGCUUUUGCGAUUUGUGCUUGACACUGGAUUUAUUUACAAUCUGGCGGGAGUGUAUUAAAUUUUAUUCUUUAUCUCAUAAUGCGGAGCUUCAUCUAGCCUAAAGCUAACGGAGAGUAGAUUGAAACGUAACGCGAACUGCUAACAUCUUUGUCAUAUUUGGCUAAUUCGACUCUUCGAUUGACCAAUACUUUUAAAACGCGCACAAACUUAUUAC